GUCGUCAGCUCGGGUGGGACUCGCCGAGUUCGCCGACGCAAACGAAACGCCGAUGGUACCUACGGCGACAGUGAAUCGCAUCACAGCGAGGACAGCGACGUCUUCGAGCAGGCGGGCAAGGCGAUCGCGGCGAAGAAGGAGCGAUUGGCCAAGGCGACGGCGAAGGCGAAGGCGACGGCGAAGACGUCGGACAAACUUGGCCGUCGAGGGGCGGGCGAAACGAGAACCGGUGAAGAGGGGCGAGGCAGAAGUCGACGGCAUGGCGACCGUGAGCACGACUCGGCCAGUGAGCACUCUUACUACUCGGAGACGAGUGAGCACGGGACGCGACGAACAGUGCGUCGCAAGCGCAUCCGAGACGAGCACGGAAAUGUCGUGGGCUACGGUCGAGAAGAGUCGUACAGCAGCACAGAGGACAGUAGGUCAAUUGCCCGUUACAUGCAUUCUCGUCUCUACAUAAAAUAG